AUGGUUGGUCAAAAUGUGUACGUCAAGGCAACCACUCCAAUCCAUGACUAUAAUGUUAAAAUGAGGUUAUCAAACUGCUACACAAAACCAAGUAAAUCAGCAAGUGAUGUGUACAUCUACUAUCUAAUCAGAAAUGGAUGUCCAGCCGAACCUAAUGCCUUUAUCACUACCAAGACUACACACGAGACAAGAUUCCACUUCCAGGACUUCGAGUAUGCCUUCCACCCUGAUUCAAUGUAUGUUCAUUGCAAUGCCACAUUUUGUCAUAGCAAUGACUAUUCGAGUGACUGUGAGCCACGUUGUAGCAACAGGAAGCGAGUCGGGAGUAUAGAUCAAGAUGAUGAACCUAUUGAAGGUGUUGGACCAAUUGAUUAUGCUGAAGAUGAAGCCACGCUUCUCUUUCGGAAAGGUCCAGAGGCGUUAAAUGCAGGAAAUAAGCAGGAAGAAGGAAACAAGGGAAACAAGCCUUUGUAUGUCGUUGGAGUCGUCGUUGUAGCAGUGGCAAUGGUAGCCAUUUUGGUUGGGAUGUCGAUAUACUUCAGAUCAAAGAGACGGCAAAAUGGACAGUCUAAAAUUGUUUAA